CAAACACAGUGACCUUGACUGCACAGAGGCUAUUACAGGUUUCAAGUAAUCCAGAAACUCAAACAUACUUAUCUUCUCACAAUGGAUUACUUAUCUUUCUGCCGUGGUGUACUGAUUGGGGGCUUGAUGGGAGAUUGUUAUGGAUUUGUAUACGAAGGUAGCCCAGCAUCAAAGUUCACCAUUCCUUUGGAACUACUGCAAAGGUCAAUCAAUGGCUGUGUGUACAAAGUUUACGUUCCUCAUCUUUGUCCUUAGUUGAUACUAAACAGCUGAUGUACAGUGAUGAUACACAAAUGAGUCUUGCGAUUCUCCGGUCAUUAAAGGCUAGAAAUAGUUUCGAUGCAGAACAUUUGGCUAAAGAGUUCACUACUGACUACUUUGAAAAUGGAUUACAUAGGUGCUAUGGUGGUUCUGUUGGACGCGUUUUUUCCUCACUUAGGAUGGCAAACUAUAAAGAUCCCUAUGCUCACGCUGCUGAUUUAUUUAAUGGGACAGGAUCAUAUGGCAACGGCGGAGCCAUGAGAAUCGCACCCGCAGCGCUAUAUGGAUUACGAUAUCCUCAACGUGAAUUUGAGAAAAUCGUUAUCGAUAUUACUCGGUUAACUCAUACCAAUCCACUGGCUAUAUGUGGAGCACUUAUACAAGCAUAUGCUAUACAAAUGAUUUUCUCUUUAAUACAUGAUCAUAUACAACUGGAUUAUGUAGCUUUCAUCGAUAACUUAUUAAAAAGACUAGAGAGAACAGAAUAUUUUGUAGAUUUUAAACAACCCAAUUGGUUAGAAGCACUUGAUGCUUAUAAAGAAAAAUUACAAAUAGUUAAAUAUCUCUUGAUAGACGAUAAACAACCAUCAGUUACAAAUAUUGUCCAUCAAUUGGGUAAUGAUUUAAAAGCCAUCAACUCUGUUCCAACUGCAUUAUAUGUAUUUCUGCGCAGUUUAAAACCUAUAGACGGAAUCGAGUUUAAUUCACCUCCUCUACGUUCCAUUGUCUUGUCGAUCGGAUUAGGCGGUGACACUGAUACUAUUGGUUGUAUGGCUACUGCAUUAGCUGGCGGAUAUAUUGGCAUUCCAGUAGACAGUAAUUCAACUAUAUCAAGAAACAUUAUUACACUUUGUGAAAGUUAUGAAGAAAUUGAAGAAUAUGCUAGUUGGUUAAGUAACAAGCUACAAAUGAGUUGAAAUUUUUCCAUUAUCAUCUAAUCGACCUGAAGAAAACACUAAAUAAUCAAGUGCCAUUUAAUCCUAUCAUGAUGUGAAAAUUAAUUUCCAACUUUUAAGCAUUUGAAUUAACCAUAAUUUUGGCUGUUGUUAAUCUUAUCGAAACUUGUGUUAAAUGAAUUCCAUGAAUAUGAGUGCAUCAUAAUAUCUCUUAUUAAUGGUAAAUUGAUGUCUACCGAAUUUCCCAUACUAUCAAGUCUAUUUAAAUAUGACGUAAAGUAUCG